UCGGAUGCAUUGGAAGUCUGAAGGUAGAUGAACUCAAACCGAUCAAAAGGCCUGGGAGAGGACAACACCUACAAGUUCUUGGGAGUGUUAGAGAACACCAAGCAUGAGGAUAAAUUAGCCCUAGAAAGUGCUGCGAGGGCAUACUUACAGAGGUUAUCAAUCAUCAGGUCUAGUCCUCUGUCAGACCAUCUUAAGGUUAUGGCCUCUAGCCAGUAUGCACUAUCAGUGUUAUCAUAUCUGAUGUGGACGCAGACUUGGCCUUUGGCGGACCUCCAGCAACUGGAUAGAGAGGCGAGAAAAGUCAUCAUGGAAAGCGGUGGGAAUCACCCCCAGGGAUCAACCGCAGUUCUGUAUCUAUCAAGGAGGAACGGCGGAAGGGGCAUGCGAUACGAGAACAUUAAGAUCAAAGCAGCUGUGAAGCUCUAUUCUGACCCAUCGAUGGCAGCGGUGAGAAGCUUCGAGGAAAAGAUGGCGCAGUCAGGGCACCUCUCGUUUGUCACUGACCCCAUGAAGUACGCACAAGAACAAGGGCUACAACGGCAUCUAGUCUAUCCAGAACCUGUUAUCAUCGAGGACGGGGUAGAAGUACGAAGGGCAAAGGUAAAGACUCUUGCAAAGACACAGCAGCAAGAAGUUCGGGCGAAUAUUGAGGAUGCGAAAUGGCAGGGAUUUCGACUGAACCGUACUUAGAUAAAAUUUGCUCUUUUAAAUUAAAGUUCAUGUCCAAGUCACGACAGUAGUAUAGGGGAUGGGGGUAUCAGCGCAGUUGACGACUCGGUGAUUGCCUGUCUAUAUAUGGAGUGCGA